AGAAUCUGGCCCUUCAGGUCCAAUCGGCAUUCAAGGUGUAGUUGGUCAGUCAGGACUUCCGGGUAUAGACGGACUGCUGGGCCCCCGGGGUCAGCAGGGCAUGUACGGCCCAAAAGGAGACGAGGGGCUCCGCGGCUUUAAGGGCUCCAGAGGACCAUUAGGAUUACAGGGAAUGCCCGGGCUGCCAGGAGAGAAGGGUGAGAGCGGACAUGGGGGAUUAAUGGGUCCACCUGGUCAACAAGGCCCCUCUGGUCCCCAAGGACCUGUUGGAGGACAGGGUCCGGCUGGUAGGCUGGGGAUGAUAGGAACGCCGGGUGUUGUUGGCGAGAAGGGGGAGGACGGAGAGGCGGGUGACCCCGGAGCCACAGGUCUUCCAGGACGCAUG